AUGCUCGUACUACGACACAACAAGCUACCUGCCAAGGACCUCUUUGAAAUAGAACAGUUGAUGAUCAAGAUCGCUGAUCCUGAUGUACCGGCACAUUCGUCACUGGACUAUACCUUACUGGAUAAGUCUCGUAGUGAGAUUUAUGGCAUGAUACUCGGCAGUGCACAGCGACUACACAUAUUCAAUGCACUCGAUAUAACACCAUCCGAUUUCCUUGACUUUUUGAUCGACGUGGAUCUCGGCUAUCUUCCCAAUCCAUAUCAUUCGUUUUAUCAUGCAGCUGAUGUUAGUCUUGUGCUAUAUCACAUGUUAUUGCACUGCGAAGUUGCAAAUUACUUGUCUGGAUUGGAUGUAGCAGCAUUGUUCAUUGCUGGUUUGUGUCACGAUAUCGGGCAUCCCGGUUACAAUAACAAUUAUCAAGUCAAGCUCAAGACUGAAUUAGCCAUCCGAUAUGCCAACAAGUCUGUGCUGGAAAGUUAUUCAUGCACGUUGGCAAUGGAUCUCCUCUCGAAACACAAGUUGCUCCGCAACGUCGAACAAGCCAGCCGACGUCAGUCCAUACCGACAACCGAAGACCGUUUUCGCACCUCCAUUAUCAAAAUGAUCCUUGCCACCGACAUGGUCUUUCAUUAUGAAUUACAAGAGAAUUUCGCUAGCCUAUUGGAGAUCAUGGUGGAUCGUGAUGAGAAUGAAGGAGAAGGAUCACAUUAUUGCUUUCAUUCGGGAGACAACAACAAUACCAAUAACAACAACAACAGCAGCGGCAGCAACAGUAACCAUGACAACACAUGUGGCCACAUGAAAGAUAUUUUCGAAAGCGACACAAGCCCGCUACGCAAUUUCCAAUCACAGACAUUCUUUGAUGAUGGGGCAUCAUCACCACUCCAACCCAAAUUUCUGGAUCACCAAGAACGACAAAUGUUGUGCCAAAUCAUUUUACAUGCGGCUGAUAUCAGCAAUGCAUUAAGACCAUGGCCUAUUUGCACCAAAUGGUCCGAAUUAGUGUGCGAAGAAUUCUUUCGUCAGGGCGAAAUGGAAAAGAAACAUGGAUUACCAGUAUCACCGAAUAUGGAUAAGGAUCAAGUGAAGCAAACCACCAUUGGAUUGCAAUUUGGGGACUUUGUAGUAUCACCCUACUUUGAGAUCUUUGCCGCCAUGUUCCCCAAAGCAGAAGAGCUUUUGACUAUUCUCAAAACCAAUCGGCAAGAAUGGCUGAAAAGGGAGCAAGAAGAAGAACAGCAUGGUCAAUUAUCACCUCAUGAUGAGCACGUGGAUCAUGGAUGUCAACCUACGGAUAUGUUGCCCGAUCAACACUUAUUAAAUCCAACAGGUCGACGUGUGAGCGUGGCAGCAGGGAUGAUUGUGAUUCCAGAUGAUCUUGAAGAACGUGUUAUUGGAUCGGGUAAAUCGCGCCGGAAGUAUCUCGGCUUACGGAGUGUGAGCGAUACGGGAUUACCACACGAUGAUUUGGUCCUCGAUCAAAGUGCAAGGGAUAUUCUAUCAACCGAUCGACAUGAUGAUGCCAACAAAAAUAGGCGGAAAAGUGAGGAGCCGGCUUAUUAUUUGUAUCGACACUCGCUUCAAGUAGACAAAGGAAGAAGGAUGAGUAGAGGUGAUAUCGUUGACAAGUGUCUCGAACGACAACGUCGUGUGGCUUCCCCUCGGUAG